UAAAAAGUUUCCUAGCAACCGCAGACGCUGAGGCGGAAAUUUCUCUCCAGCUCUCCAGCGAUAAAAGUGCAACUGUUGAAAUGGACGUGUUAUCUGAAGCGAAGUCUAAACCGCUUUCCUCGCUGUCAGUAUUCAGCUUUAUACCCCCCAGAAGGACAGAACCCAAAGAAAUGCGAUAUUUCAACUGCAGCCCCAAGGCCCCAGAGAGGUCUCUGUAUGACUGCUUACAUCAGAGCACUGAGGACUAUGAUAACAAACUCCACCGUGAUGACAGAAAACACGCCAAAUCACGGGGCCUGGACAUCUUCAGUGAGGAAUCAUCUAGACCAGCACCUGUUCUGUCCUCUUCUGUGUAUGGCCGAUUUUCACCGCUGCAGUACGACUCGGGGAGGAGCUUUGCUCGUGUUGCUCGCGUUCGUUCUGAUUUCUACAGUAAGAAUGGGAUCACCUGGACCGUGGAGGAAGGGUAUGGAUCUGUGGCACCCGUCUAAAUGUGUCUCUUACAUCUGUCACAUCUGUCACUGAACAUUACAGUCAAUGUCAAAACAGCAGAUUGUUACUAACAUCUAUACAAUAUAAUGUGUAUUAAUCACAUGAAUGUUUUUAUGUUACAGGGUGAAUAAAAAAUAAUCUGUCAACAUGCUCUUGUCCGCAGUCAUGCCUACAAAACAGACUAAAAAUAAGAAAUGAUGUGCUUCGAUAUUAAUUUAUUAAUAUUAUAAAAUAAUUAAUAUUAAUUAGUCCUUUAAAUGAUUAAUCAUGAUU